GGGUUCUACUAAAACCUUUGCAGAAAGAAAGAACAGAGGUUUGGGACUUUGGGGCUCUUUUCAUGGAAGUUUGCCCUUCUCCUCUUCGCCAGUGAUUUCGUUACUUCGUAAACGUCAAAAAACCAGCUAUUGAAACCUUUCGAUGUUGUUAACAAGAACAACAAGAAGUAUCCAAUCCAAGAAAAACAUCUGAAAUUACACAGUCGGGAAAUGGCGUCGAUUUCAGUCCGCCGGUCCCUAAGGUCCUUCCGUCGCAUUUCUCUCCUUGUCCGGCCCACUUCCACGACCUCCGCCCCCUUCCAGUCUCGUCCUGUGUCCUCCUCCGCCACUUCCUCCGCUUAUCUCAGCCGCCCUGCCGCUGAUCAUGUCUCUCUCGGGCUCAAUUUUAUUAAUGAAACUCGCAGGGGCUAUGCCAAAGGAAGGAGACAAGCCUGUAUUAUUCCUAUCCCUUUUUUGCGUGUCUCUGUGUGUGUGUUUUUUAAUGAAUAAUGUUUCUAAACAUAUUUCGGUUCUUAUAUACUCCACUUGCAUUUUUGUAUAAAAAAUUACUUUGCAGAUUCUUAAAACAAAGCUUAAGAAAUAAGUCUUUAAACAAAGGAAUGUGAUUAUCUGCUGGAGAAAUGAAAUUGUUUUGAUUGCACAAUAGCUGCUGUAUAUAAUUUGAAUUAUCAUAGUUGUUGCUACAAGUUCGGAAACACUUUAAAUAGGUAUGCAAGUUGCAUUCACCAGCAUAGCCAAUGAGCCCAUAUCACUUGCACAUGACUCUUAGAUUUGCUAAUAAUUUGAAUUUACAUUUUUGAAUAUGCUGUCACCUUUGGGAUUUAGGUGACCAGGUCACCAAGUAGGGGCUUAAUUCAAUUGUUGCUCUUCUAGUGUUAUUUCUCUAUGUAUAUGGAUACAGAUGAUGAUGAUGAAGAGGACUUUGAGGAGGACAACAGAGGGGCACAUACACUGGAUAUUGGACCUACUGUAAAAUCCGCUGCUUCCUCACAAAUGGAGGCGGCAAUUGAUGCAUUGUCACGAGAAUUGUUGAAAUUACGUACUGGAAGGGCAUCCGCAGGGAUGCUUGACCAUAUUAUAGUUGAAUCUGUCAGUGUGAAGAGUCCUUUAAACCGGAUGGCUGUUGUUUCAGUGAUUGAUCCCAAAACUCUGUCAAUCACUCCUUUUGAUCCAAAUACCUUAAAAGAGUUGGAGAAGGCAAUCGUCUCAUCUCCGUUGGGUUUGAAUCCAAGAUCAGAUGGCCAAAGAUUAAUUGCUUCAAUCCCUCCGUUGACAAAGGAACACAUGCAGGCUGUGUGUAAGGUGGUAGCUAAAUCAUCCGAAGAUGCGAAACAAAGUAUACGAAGAGCUCGCCAGAAGGCAUUAGACACUAUAAAGAAAGCUGUGCCGAAGAAGGGGAAAGAUGACUCGAAAAAGAAGGGCAAAGAUAAAGAAACAUCAGAUUCAAAAAAGAAAGCCAAAGAUAAUAAAACAGGACCAAGUUUUUCCGAAGAUGAUGCAAAGCGAUUAGAGAAAGAAAUCGAUGAAAUCACUAAGAAGUACAUAAAGUCGGCAGAGGAUAUGUGCAAGGCUAAGGAAAAGGAAAUUACUGCCAGCUGAACUGCUUUGGAGGUCCGGAUUGUUUGUACUGAUUACAGAAUAUCAAGCGUUCUAGAAUUGGUCUAAUGAAUGAAGGUGAUGACAAAUUCGUUAGGAUAACCGGUAUGAGGUUCCUGUAAACACGACAAUAGGAGAGAUCUUUCCUAUUACUUUGGCGGAGUAUUGUUGUAUACUAUAAUUAACCUUUCUGUUUAGUUGGAGUUAAAGGAUUUGAGUUUGGAAUUGUCUCUGAAAUUUGGAUAGAGCAUGGCAUCCAUAUUUUUUCAUGUCUGGUUUUGAAAAUAUCAUUCAUAGUCUUCCCUUUAAAUUUGUACAAGUCCCUUUGGAAUUUGGAUAGUUUGUACUAAAAGCGAAAAUUCAAAUUGGAUAAUCAUUUUAGGAUAGGAGGAGUAGUAUCCCAUUAUAUUUCAAGGUCCUCCAACAAAACACACAAUGAAAUUGUAAUGAUAUGAUUUUUUAUUUUUUACUUUUAAAUAUUUCAUCAGUUCCUGAACUUGC